AUGGGAUGCGACCCUCAUGCUUGGAAAACCCACUUGAGGACAACACAUCCUGCUCUUGCAGACAAAAAGAAACUCCCUGAAGCAAGCUAUAGUGGGGCAUUUCGCCAAAAAACUUCAAAGGUUGUUGAGGCUUCCUAUGAGAUCGCCAUGGGGAUUGCAAAGAGCAAGAAGACCCAUAACAUCGGAGAAUCUCUCAUAAAACCAAGUCUUCUCCGUGCAGCAGAAUUCGUUCUGGUGAAAGAGAGUGCAAACAAGCCUUCUCAGAUUUCACCAUCAAACCAUACAGUCAAGGGAAGAAGGAUCGACGACUUGUCUCAAGACACCAAUGAUCAAAUUCUCGACCAAGUAAGAGAUUCUCCUGUUUUUACCUUCCAGUGUGACGAAUCGUCUGAUAUCGCUCAGUGUUUUCAGCUACUUGUAUUAGACAUUCAGUUAGUGGAAUCUCAACAGAACCCCAAAACUGACCCCUUGGUUUUGUGGAUGAAUGGAGGUCCAGGGUGUAGCUCAAUGCUAGCUGUGCUGACUGAACAUGGGCCCUACAGGUUUACAUUUUUUCAGAUUGCAAACGUCCUGUAUCUGGAGGCCCCGGCAGGAGUUGGUUUCUCUUAUUCAGACGAUAAAAAUUACACCACUGAUGAUGACCAGACUUCUCUGAACAAUCUUGCUGCCCUGAAAAGUUUCUUCAAGAAAUUCCCAGAGUAUAAUGGUCGGGAGUUUUUCGUCACAGGUGAAAGCUAUGGUGGUAUCUAUGUUCCUACGCUCUCUGAACGUCUGCUUGGUGAGCCCAGCAUCAACUUCCAGGGUUUUGCUGUUGGCAAUGGAUUGAGUGAUUACAAUAUCAACACUGCUUCAGUUUUGUAUUUUGGAUAUUACCAUGGCCUGUAUGGCUCAAAGCUCUAUGCUAACCUGCUGACGUCUUGCUGUGGGUCCAACGCCACUGUGUGUUAUGUUGAGAAAUUUCCAUCUCCUCAGUGUAAUUUCUAUGCAGGAAAAGCCCUCAAUUCAAUUUAUGCCUCUGAUCUCAACAUGUACAAUCUGUAUGCUAAAUGUGAAAAUACCAAAACACCCGAAGGCUUUAUACAAUACCAUGACAUGGGUAACUCCUUCCGCAACUUCCCGCAGUUUAUCAAACAACGGCAGGAACUGCGUAUGAUGGACCCAAAGAACCUGAAGCUUGUGCCGCCUUGUAUUAAUGGUACUGCCACUUUGGUCUACUUUGGUCGUGAUGAUGUCCGCAAAGCUUUAAACAUUCCGACAAGUGUAACAAGCUGGGAUCUUUGCAGCAACAUAGUCAGCCAAAGCUACAAACGACUUUACAGCACCAUGUUUUUACAGUACCUGAAGGUCAUCGCUGCAAAAAAAAGAAUCAUGUUAUAUAACGGUGAUGUGGAUAUGGCCUGUAAUUUCCUUGGAGAUGAAUGGUUCCUAAACUCCUUAAAACUAAAAAUUGUUACACCAAGAAAAGCUUGGCACUAUACCAGCAAUGAUGGUUCCCAACAAGUUGCCGGAUUUGUCAAACAGUUUCAAAAUGUCACAUUUGUUACAGUUCGGGGAGCUGGUCACAUGGUACCAACCGAUAAACCAAUCCCAGCAUUUCAACUCUUCUCGCAUUUCAUCAACAACAAACCAUUUUAAAAUACGUAUGAAUAACGAUAUAUAUCUUUCUCUUUUGAAGCUUUUAAAUAGCAAAAUUGUGUGUGAAUGUGUGUAAAUGACACAUAUAUGU